GGGGCGCUGUGUAUCCCAGUUCCUGUUUCUCACGCACCGUCGAGUGAAUGAAGUCAGCUGAUCUGUGCUUCUAUCAUCUUAUUUUUCCCCGCAGCCUGAACCAGGAGCUCUCCCCGAUCCUUUACACCGUUUACAGACACACACUUCUAACAUGGACUUCUCCAAGCUGCCCAAGAUCGGAGAUGAAGAUCGGGAGGGACAGUUUGGAUACGUCCACGGCGUCUCUGGACCUGUGGUGAUAGCUUCCAGCAUGGCCGGGGCGGCGAUGUACGAGCUGGUGCGUGUGGGGCACAGUGAGCUAGUUGGAGAAAUCAUCCGGUUAGAGGGAGACAUGGCCACCAUUCAGGUGUACGAAGAAACCUCUGGCGUGUCUGUCGGUGACCCGGUCCUGCGUACAGGAAAGCCCCUCUCCGUCGAGCUGGGACCCGGCAUCAUGGGCUCCAUUUUUGAUGGGAUCCAGCGUCCACUGAAAGAUAUCAAUGACCUGACCCAGAGCAUUUACAUCCCUCGAGGAGUGAACAUCGGUGCCCUCAACCGCGACAUCAAAUGGGAGUUCCAACCUUUCAAGAGUAUAAGGGUUGGGAGUCACAUCACUGGAGGAGACAUCUAUGGUCUUGUGGGUGAGAACUCUCUCAUUAAGCACAAGAUCAUGCUGCCACCUAAAAACCGUGGUACCGUCACCUACCUGGCACCACCUGGCAACUAUGACGUCUCGGAUGUGGUGCUGGAGCUGGAGUUUGAGGGGGUAAAGGAGAAGUUCACCAUGGUGCAGGUGUGGCCCGUGCGCCAGAUCCGACCCGUUACUGAGAAGCUGCCAGCUAAUCAUCCUCUGCUAACCGGCCAGCGAGUGUUGGACGCCCUUUUCCCAUGUGUACAAGGAGGAACUACAGCCAUCCCAGGGGCUUUUGGCUGUGGCAAAACUGUGAUCUCUCAGUCCUUAUCCAAAUACUCCAACAGUGAUGUUAUCAUCUAUGUGGGAUGUGGAGAGCGAGGUAACGAGAUGUCAGAAGUACUGCGAGAUUUCCCCGAGCUAACCAUGGAGGUAGAUGGGAAGGUGGAAAGCAUCAUGAAGAGAACAGCUCUGGUGGCCAACACUUCCAACAUGCCUGUGGCUGCUCGAGAGGCUUCCAUUUACACAGGAAUCACUCUGUCUGAGUACUUCAGGGAUAUGGGAUACAACGUGAGCAUGAUGGCUGACUCUACUUCUCGAUGGGCCGAGGCUCUCAGGGAGAUCUCUGGUCGUCUGGCUGAGAUGCCUGCUGAUAGCGGUUAUCCUGCCUAUUUGGGAGCUCGCCUGGCCUCGUUUUAUGAGCGUGCCGGCCGUGUGAAAUGCCUGGGUAAUCCUGAGAGGGAAGGCAGCGUCAGCAUUGUGGGAGCUGUGUCUCCCCCUGGUGGAGAUUUCUCUGAUCCUGUGACAUCUGCUACACUUGGUAUUGUACAGGUGUUCUGGGGUCUGGAUAAGAAACUGGCCCAGAGGAAGCAUUUCCCAUCUGUAAAUUGGCUGAUCAGCUACAGCAAGUAUGCACGAGCGCUAGACGAAUACUAUGACAAGCACUUCCCUGAGUUUGUGCCUCUGCGCACCAAAGCUAAGGAGAUUCUGCAGGAGGAAGAGGACCUGGCUGAGAUCGUACAGCUUGUAGGCAAGGCUUCCUUGGCUGAAACGGAUAAGAUCACCCUUGAAGUGGCCAAACUGAUUAAAGAUGAUUUCCUGCAGCAGAACGGUUACACACCUUACGACAGGUUCUGUCCGUUCUACAAGACAGUGGGCAUCCUGUCAAACAUGAUCGCCUUCUACGACAUGGCACGGCACGCCGUGGAGACCACUGCCCAGAGCGAUAACAAGAUCACCUGGUCCAUGAUCCGUGAGCACAUGGGGGAGAUCCUCUACAAGAUCAGCUCCAUGAAGUUUAAGGACCCUGUUAAGGAGGGCGAGGCCAAGAUUAAAGCCGAUUAUGCGCUGCUGCUCGAAGACAUGCAGAACGCUUUCCGUACUCUUGAGGACUAGUUCCCUGUCUGCCUCCACAUCAGCUGAACUCUGCUGUCUUUCUCUCCCUGUCUUUUGCUCGAUCCAGCAACAUUCCAGUUCUUUUUUUUUACCCUCCUUGUUAUGGAGCUGCAGUAGAAGAGUGUUUUGUCAUCAUGAACCUUCUCCUUCUCUUUUUGUGUGUGUGUAUUGCUGUUGGUUGUGUUUGUGUUUUUGUGAAUGUUUCAGAUGUUUUUUUUUUUCCCCUGUACAACUGCCUCAUCCUCCAAUGUUGUGUUUUUGCUAGUUGUAGAUCCCCUUCUGGUGUAAUUAUCAUUCCGGUGUUCUCUGUACAGAAGAUAUGAGAGACGUGAGUUACUAUUUAUUGCUCGGAGACUCUAACGAGCGCUUGUGUUGUUCUUCGGUUCUGUUUCAAACUGUAUUAUCCCGUGAUAAUGAUAAUCGGGGAAUUGCACUUCUCUCGUGCACCACUUGUGUGACAGUGUUGAAGUCGUCCUGCAACAAUAAAACAAUUAAAAACGUGUA